UACAAUUGACUAAUCAAUACACGCGUUUUAUUUAUCCACUAGAACAUUUGCGGUUGCAGACAGUUUUCUGUUUCGCAUCUUUUUUUAUGAAAAUUUGGAGUUUAAAGUAAUUGACAAGCAAUAACAAAAUUAAAAAUCGUUAAUGAAUAAAAAUUAAGACAUCAGCAUGGAUUACGAGAGGUUUGAGGCAAGUGGUGAAGAGGAUCAUGCUGACAGUGUAAACAGACAGAACUCGGCAGAGAUAUCUCCUUCAGAGGUUGUAUCAGCAUCCGCUAAAGGCAGUAUAGAUGAUGUACAAAUACAAGUUGAUGAAAAACCUGGUGCCUCCACCCUGCAGAUAUAUGACAUUGAAAAUAAAUCAGACUUACAGUAUGUUGAGGACCCUGGUAGUAAAGAAGUUCCUAAAACUGGCAUGGCGUUCCUGCAGCAGUUGGUACAGAAUGUUGUGGAGCAUAUGAUAUUCCGGAUUGUGACAGUGUUGCUUAUUCUUCUAGACUUUACACUUGUCACAAUAGACCUGGCUAACUUAGCGUGUGAUGCCAACAGUAUAUUAGAGAUUGUGUCACAUAUUAUUAUUAGUUACUUUGUUCUGGAAAUAUUUCUACGGAUAUUUUACAUGCAACGUCGGUUUUUCUACAACUGGAUAGAUAUAGUUGACAUGAUUGUUGUGUUGGCAUCAUUUCUACUUGACAUGGUGUUCAUUUUUAUCUCCAACAGUAGUAAAUGUGCAGCUGCAGAAGGCUCCGACUAUGCCAAGCUGAUGGUGAUAGGUCGUGUCUUUAGAAUCGUCAGAAUAAUUAGGAUUGUUUACUUUAUGUAUAAAGAGAGACGGCAUGUUUCCACAGCAACCAGGAGAGUUGUUUCUCAAAACAAGAGACGCUACCAGAGAGAUGGAUUUGACCUUGACCUUUGUUAUAUCACUGAGAGAGUGAUAGCGAUGUCAUUUCCAUCAAAAGGGUUUAUGGCAGUGUAUAGAAAUCCUGUACAUGAAGUGGCACGAUUCUUUGAGACAAAGCACAAAGAUCAUUACAGAAUCUACAACCUGUGUAGUGAGAGAGAUUAUGAUGAAACUCUGUUCCAUAAUCAGGUAGAGAGAAUAUUUAUAGAUGACCACAAUGUACCAACUGUCAAAGAUAUAAUUUGGUUCUGUAAGAAUGCACGGGAGUUUAUGGCAGCUGACAAACGUAACGUGAUAGCGAUACACUGCAAGGGUGGUAAAGGACGGACAGGUACAUUGAUAUGUGUAUGGCUCAUUGAAUGUGGAAUCUUUGAAGAUGCUAAGGAAUCACUUGAUUAUUUUGGUGACAGAAGAACAGACCUGACUGUAGGGAAUAAGUUCCAGGGUGUUGAGACACCAAGCCAGAGUCGUUUUGUUGGCUACUUUGAGAAAGUGAAGAAGGAUUAUAAUGGAGAACUUCCUCCAAGAAAAGAGUUGAAAAUUACUUCCUUCAAAUUAGAGAGUAUUGCAGGUGUAGGUAAUGGGGACGGCAGUGACCUGAGUUUAGAACUAAGAGUGGAUGGUCUACUUAUAUAUGAAGCAAAUGUUGCACGAGGCAUCAACUGUGAGCGUGAACAUGACAGGGACAAUGACUGUGUCACAAUUACAUUGAAGAAUGCUGUGACGUUAGCAGAUGAUGUUAAAGUCAGAUUUUUCUCUACUAAGAAAUUUCCAAAGGUCUAUGAUCACUGUGCAUUCUACUUCUGGUUCCAUACAUCCUUCAUAGAAAAUAACAAGUUGAGACUGCCUAGAGAUGAGAUAGACAACCCACACAAGAAAGCUGCACAGAAAGUUUUCAGAGAAAAGUUUGCUGUUGAAGUGAACUUUGAACCAGCUGAUGAAUAUUAAAGUGAUUCAUAAGAUACACACACAUAAUUCCAGUUGUGAUAAAAUCUAAAUACAACAAAAUGUGAUAACCUUUAAGUACAUUCAGAAUUUGUAUACCUUUAAUACAAAAACGUGUGAUAAACUUAAAAUACAUCCAUAUGUGAUAUAUUUUAAAUACACACAAAUUAGAUAAAGUUGAAAUACAUCUAGAUGUGAUAUGAUUUAUAUACACUCAAAUGUGAUAAAUUUUUAAAUACAUCCAAAUGUGGUAAACUUUACACAUCCAUAUUUGAUAUACUGAUGGUCACAGAUUUUCAACUUCAAAGCAUUCCAUAAUCAAAGUUUUUUAUGUUUGAUACACCUAUAAUUAUAUUCUGAUAGAAAGACUAUUACUUGCUUAUUAAGGCUACAUGAUGUGAUACAAAAAGAACAACAAAAUGAUAUGUACAUUAUAUUAUACUGUAAGGGUAUACAGGUAUCAUUAUAGGAUUCUCUUAUUUGUA